UUGUCUCUUGAUGCAAGUGAAUUGUGGAUAAGCAGGAGAAAGGUUAAACCCCAAAGACAAAACCCGCCUCAGCUCCAACUCGAAGCCUGCAGAGUUGUUACACUUUCCAAUGGCGAAGUUAAGGACAGCCAUUGACUCUGCAUUCUUUGACUUGAACGUGGCAUCCCCUCAAACAUUCGAUGGGUGUGCGAGGUCCAUCCCUGGAGACCCCUUUCCCGUUGACGGUUCCGUUGCAAGCAGGCUCCUUCGCCCUCUUCAACUCUCCUUCAUCCGUGCCAACUCCCCUCUUUGGGUUCUCCCUUCUUUCUCUCCCACUUCUCCUAGGGAUUUGGGUUCUUUCUCUCUUCACUCUCUCCUCUUCAGAUUUGCUUCUCCAACCUGGUGGCUGGGGGUGACUGGACAGUUUCGUCCUAGAAAGCUGAUUGCUGAAAUAAAAAAUGAGAUUUCUAAUAUUGAUGAAUUCGACAUCUCCAUAGUCAAGGAUGUCACAAGGCAUUUCAUUAACAAGUCAAUGUUUUCACUUGGGAUACAUUCAGAGUUUGCUUUAACUUCCUCAACGUCCGUAUCGUUUUCUGCAGAGGCUCAUGGUGAGAAAGGACGUCGCCAGAAAUUGAUGGUUUAUCACAAGCUUCCUGAACAUGAUCUUACAUUUGAGGCAGCAUGGCCUCAAUUGUUUGUUGACCACAAAGGAAAAUAUUGGGACGUCCCUGAGUCUAUAUCUGCUGAUCUAUCAUCCCUUGUGUCUGAGUCGGGAAUACGUUACCACAUUGGGAUACAUAAAAAUGGUGGUAAUCCUAGUUCAGUCAAUGCAACUGAUGGCAGUCCACCACUUUCUCUACUGCCGGGGUUAUGUGCAAAGGCUGCCGCUACUUAUGAGAUGAGCAGGGACUUUUGGAGGGAAAAGGCAGACUCGGAGGAAGAUAUCUGGGACAACAAGAAGAAGAGUACUCCAUAUGAUUCUCGUCUUGCGGAACCUCAUGCAGCAAUAUCUGGAACUAUGGGUGGCUCCUGUGCUUCUUGGAUUUGGAACCCGGAGAACAUUGUUGGCACUGAUUCAAGAGAAGUCAAUAGAUCUCGUUUUAGUGCGGAUUUAUUUGGUUCAGUUUGCUAUUCUUAUCAGCAAGGAAAAUUCACAAAAGAUUUUCGGGACUUUACCAAAGUAGAUGCUCGUCUAGAUAUACCUUCAGCUUCUGCGUUUGCAAAGAAGGUUUUUAGUGGAUUCAAGAGGGAUGUUAAUGAACAAGCAGCAGCCUCACCCCGUCUUAAUUUAAUCUUCCAACAGCAGAUUGCAGGGCCGUUUGUCUUUCGUGCUGAUUCCCGAGUUUCACUCAUGUCUAUGCUUGGGAAAGGUGGUCCAAUAGAGGACUUCAUCUGCAGCAUAAAUUACUCCUUCAAGUCUUUGCCAUCGGGAAAGAUCGUUGCUUGGUUUUCUCCAAAACGGAAAGAGGGAAUGGUUGAGUUGCGUCUGCUUGAGUUUUAGGAUAGUGUAUCGCGGUUCUUUUUGGGUAGAAAAGCUGUUGCAUGUAUUCAACCUCUUUAAUUUGAUAUUGCAAAAUGUUGAAUUGAUUCAUUCAAUGCAUUGUUUUUAAUCUUCUUGCAAGUUUUGGGCUUGAACAUGUUUAAGAAAGGUUGCUGCUGAAUUU